CCUUGAGGUGGGGCGGUCCGGUCCCGGUCCUGGUCCCGGUCCUGGUCCCGGUGCCGGUGCCGCUGGAAGGCCCGGGGGGAGGGUGGCGAUGGACGCGGUGCUGUUGGCAGCCGCCGCUCUGCUCCUCGCUGUCCUCCUCUUCUUCGCUACCCGGCUCCGCAGCCAGGCCAGGGAAGCUGAUGAGGAGCACCAGCAACAUGUGGCAGCAGCAGCAGCAGCAGGGGCCAGGCCAAGGCCCCAGCUGGAAGAGAGGGGAGAGGGGAUGCCCCGACGGCGGAGGAACAUGGGGAGCAGGCUGAUGGCCCAGAGGAGAGCUCAGCAGGCAGAGGACUGGCUGGAAGAGGAAGAUGAUGCUGAGGAGGUGCCAGAAUUUCAGGUGUCUGGGAAAAUUGGAGCAAAGAAGCAGAGGAAAUUAGAAGAGAAACAAGCCAGAAAAGCACAGAGAGAGGCUGAAGAAGCAGAACGAGAAGAACGGAAAAAACUUGAGUCAAAAAGAGAGGAGGAAAGGAGGAAAGAAGAGGAGAGGCUGCGCCUGGAGGAGGAACGACAGGAAGAGGAAAAAAGGAAGGCAAAGGAAGAAGAGGAGAAGAGGGAGUAUGAAGAGUACCUGAAGCUGAAGGAGAGUUUUGUAGUUGAAGAGGAAGGGGUUGAAGAAUCAAUGACAGAGGAAGAGUCUCGCAGCUUCCUGAUGGAAUUUCUGGACUAUGUUAAGAAAACAAAGGUUAUCCAGCUGGAAGACUUGGCUUCCCAUUUGGGUUUAAGAACACAGGAUGCAAUCAACAGGAUCCAGGACCUGAUGGCAGAUGGCACACUAACAGGUGUGAUUGAUGACAGAGGGAAAUUCAUCUACAUCACUCCCGAGGAGAUGGCUGCUGUGGCUCAGUAUAUCAAACAGAGGGGACGGGUCUCCAUCACAGAGCUGGCCCAGGCCAGCAAUUCCCUCAUCAACCUCCAGCCUGACAGCCAAGCUGUUGCUCCAACUGUGGCUUGAGAGGAAUACAGCAGGAGUUUGACUUCUUCAUGAAUAAGCCCUGUAAUUAGAAAGCAACAAAAUCCCCUUUAAUCUGCUCACGGUGCUUGGAGAUCGGCUGCUCCUUUUUGAGCAUCAGCUGCAAACCUGAUCCAGAGUUCCUGCUCUCAUCCUGUUAGAGCUGAUAGAAAAUAGGACAAGGACUUGGGGUUCAAACACUCUGAUCUACCUGUUCCCCAGGAAUAUCAGCAGUUCCUACAGAGGGACUUUAUCUUGGCAGCCAGGCCUGUGGGACUCUACCCAAACUUUUUAUCAUUUCCAGAUUCUGAUGUCUGUAACGAAUGUAGUUGGGUUUGAUUGCACUCAGAAGUCUCCAGGUUUGCUCUGAGCUGUGGGACUUUGUGGCAAUGACACAAAGAGCCCAGAACACCAGGUGUGCUGGGUGAAGCUGCCAGAUCUUGUCUUCUCCAUCAGCACUGGAAGGACAGAGCAAAAAAAGAAAAGUCGACGAGCGUGUCCCUUCAUCCUGAAACUCUAGAAAUGUGAGAACUUCCAGAGGUUAUUUCAGAGAAUUUCUGCUCCAUAAAUAUGUUUUUCUUGGUUGAUGUCAUGCAAAAGGCUUGCUGGCAGCCUGGCUGCAUUAUUUUGCUGUGGCCAGGAGACAGAAACACCUCUAGGGAAAGGCUGACUCGCCUCAUGUAUUGUGCAGGCCAAUUCUGCUGAUACCAACCAGACUCUGGUGAUUCAUCCUUUGAAGUAAGAGCCAGCUCAGUGGGUCUGAAGACCUCAGACACCCCCAGCCUGUGGCCUUUGUGUUUCAGAAGUUUUUUUAAAAGUAAGAAAAGUUUAAAAGAAAAAAACAGGCACUCUGAAUCAUGCAAUUAAUGUUACAAGUAAAUGAUUCUUAAUGUAUUAAUUACAGGGGUCAGCAUAUUUCCUGCAUAAGAACAUUUCUUUUUUUUUUUAAAUAGCCUAAUUGAUGCUUUGUUAAUUCUCCUUUCUGAAACCAACAGAAUCUGUGUGGGUUUUUAUAAGUGGGAAGGGCAGGAGGGGUUGGCUUUGUCACUUCCAAACUUAGAACCUGAGUAGACUACAAGCCAGGUUAUCACUGAGAUGAGAGAGCAAUGAAAGAAUGUUUAAAAGCCUCUUUUCCUUUUUAACCUCAUCACUACUGCCCAAGGUGAUGCUCUGCAGAGUGCUGUGGAAGAUGGGUGAUUUAUUACUGUGUUGCCCAAACCACAGCCAGCAAAAAGAUUGCUUGAGAUUUGAUGCUUGUGAUGUCUCUCAAUAGUUCAGAAUUUUAUUUUCUCCAUGUUUUGGUGUUUUUGUUUUGGUUUCGUUUUGGUUUUGGGGUUUUUUGGUUCUGUCCUAAACUGCCAAUAAAAACUGCAUUGAAAGAACUGCA